CUUAUGCUUUAGAGGUUAUGUCAUGUGUCAUUCAUGUGCUCGACCGACUCGGCUUAUAAACAAAUAAACAUUAAAGUUUAUUAUUGAAAUUGUUGCCGAAAAUUAAAAGGUAAAAAUCAGAAAAAAAUGUCAGAGAAACAAAAAGUAUUAAUUUGUGGUGAUGUUGAGGGUCAAUUUAAAUUCUUUUACAAAAAAGUUGAUACAAUAAACAAAAAGAAUGGACCCUUUGAUUUUCUUCUAUGUGUCGGGAAUUUUUUCGGCGAAAAUAAUAUUGAACUUGAACCAUUUAAGAAUGGAAGUAAAUCAAUUCCAGUGCCAACUUAUAUUAUUGGUCCCAAUCGUGAAUCAGAUGUGAAACAUUAUCCCGAUCUUAAUGGUUCGGAGAUCUGUCAAAAUCUCACAUAUCUUGGAAGACGAGGACUUUAUACUGCGAGUUCAGGAUUAAAAAUUGCCUAUCUCAGUGGAAUUGAGGAAAAUUCCUCAGAAUUAAAAGACUACUCGUUUAAUGCAAAAGAUGUUGAGAGUGUGAGAAAUACAUGUUUAAAAGGACAACCAAGUUAUCGUGGUGUUGAUUUUUUAUUGACAUCACCAUGGCCUGAGGGUAUUACGAAUUUAGAUCCUAAACAACCGGAAAUUAAAUAUAAAGGAUCGAAACUUAUUGCCUGGUUAUCGACGCAUAUAAAACCGAGAUAUCAUCUUUGUGCAUUGGAGAACGUUCACUACGAAAGACCUCCUUAUAGAAAUCAGAGUAAAACCGAGGAUAAUAUGGAAAUAGCAACGAGAUUUAUGUCAUUAGCAUCAGUGGGAAAUUCAAAGAAGGAAAAAUGGCUUUAUGCAUUGAAUCUCACUCCAGUUGAUAGAAGUCGUUUAUCGGAAUUAAUAAUCAAAACAACUGAUGAAACAUCCUCGCCGUAUUCAAAAUCUCUAUUGAGUGCAGAUCCACUUAAUCAGAAUAAAUCGACAGAAAUGGGGAGUACGCAAUUUUUCUUCGACAUGGAUUCUUCUGGUGAGAAGAGAAAAAAUAAAAGAUCCGAUCAACCGAAUAAGAAAGCUAAAUUUGAAUUUGAUCAAACAAAAUGUUGGUUCUGUCUCUCAAGUCCCGAGGUUUCGAAGCAUUUGGUUAUUUCUGUUGGUAGUGAAAUUUAUUUGGCACUCGCCAAAGGCGGUGUGGUCGAUGAUCAUUUUCUUAUUUUACCAGUAACGCAUCAUCAGAGUUUGUCUAUUUUGCCCGAAAGUGUGGCAAAGGAAAUGAAACUUUACAAGGAGGCUGUGACGAAAUAUUACGCAACCACCGAUCGUGUACCUGUAUUUUUUGAGAGAAAUUUCAAAACUUCGCAUUGUCAACUUCAAGCCAUUCCUGUGCACAAGAAUCAGGCGUCUGCGCUGAAGGAAACAUUCGAGGAAGUGGCAGAGUGCAACAAUUUUUCCCUAACGGAAAUACCAAGAAAUUCACAAUUACAACAAAUAGCACAACAAGGAAUGCUUUAUUUCUACGUGGAAUUGCCUGAUGGAGAUAAAUUGUAUCAUCGAAUCAAAAAAGAAUUUCCAUUACAAUUUGGUCGUGAAGUUCUAGUCAGUGAUAGAAUUUUGGAUAUUAAUGAUCGUGCUGAUUGGCGUGAUUGUCAAAUGGAUAAGGAUAAAGAAACGGAAUUGGCAAUGAAAAUUAGAAAAGCCUUUCAACCAUUCGAUGUUGAUGUGUGAUUCCUGAUUUCAAUUUAUGAAAUUGUAAAUAAUAUUCAAUUUUUAAUAAUCAAUUUGUAUUUUUAUCGAUAAAAUAGAAUUAUUCAAUUGUU